UGAUCAGUUUCGUAUUAAAGCUACGCCCGAGCUGAGCUGACUUCACAAACGGCCGGAGCCCAAACGAACGCAACGCAAACGCAGAAAUUAAAAAGAAAAAAAAGCACAGCUCGUCAAGCAAAAAAAACGAAGAAAAUAAACAAGUUCCCAGGGUAACAAAGUAAUUGGCAGCCAUGUCGUGCAAAUACUCUUCCACAGCAUUGUUGCUGCUCCUGGCCAGCUGCUGCCUGUGUCUGCAAAGCGGAACUGUCGCCUCCACAGGCAUCUAUGCCCGCAUCAACAACGUAGUGUUCGCCACCCGUGGCUGGGCAUCCAACGAACCCAGUGGCAUUCAAACCAGAUCCGGCGUAGGUCCUCCAUUGGCAGCUUCGGCUCCAGCAGCGCAAGCUGCAGACUUACAGCGUCCACAGGUGGAACAAUCAACCUACAAUGGAGAGCGCCAGACUGCACGCCAAGGAGCGGCUGCUCCACGUUCCGAUCAAGCUCCAACUCCCGCACCCGUUGUGCUCACUGGUCAAGGCAGCGUCGACCGCGAGAUUGCUCCCGCGGGUCCUACGCGUCCGCCACCACAACUCAACAAUCGUGAACGCUUCAGCUCUGUGCUAUUUCAGCCCAUCGCUCUCAGCAAUCAGCGCAGGAAUGUGGUCUACUCGCCUUCCUCCGUUCAUGCCAUGCUCGCUCUGCUCUAUUGCGUGUCCAGUGGCCAAACAGCCGAUGAACUACGUCGCGCCGGUCAAUUUGUCGAUGAUCGCAACUCCGUGGGCAAAGAUUUUGAGCGUUUAAACGCUCAACUUCAGCAACUGGAUGGAGCUCAGUUGAUUGUGGCCAACAAAUUGUUCUAUAACCGUGAACACUCCAGCCUGAAUCCCGACUUCAGACGCUAUGCCAAUCAAUUAUAUGGCACCGACAUUGAGGCUGUGGACAUGAGGCGUGCAGCGAACACAGCGAGCAAGAUCAAUGCCUGGGGAGCGGAUGCCACGAGGCAAAAGAUACGUGAGCUCGUCAGCGCGUCGGACAUUGAUGAACAGACACAUGCGUUGCUGGUUAAUGCCAUCUACUUCAAGGCCCGCUGGGCCACCGAAUUCUCUUCGAUGGACACCAACCCGGAGAAGUUCCGCGUGAGCAACAACGCCGUCGUCACAGUGCCCAUGAUGUACAACGAUGACAUUUUCCCCUAUGCCGAUCUCCCCGAGCUAAAUGCCAAGGCAUUGGAGUUGCCCUAUGCUGGCACUCAGGCCACCAUGCUGCUGAUACUGCCCAACGAGGUGGAAGGUCUGCCCCAGCUGGAGCGUAUGCUGGCCAAUCCCAACAAUGAUCUGAAUGUGAUUGCCUCGCGUUUGCGUCGCGAAACGGUCACAGUGCGUCUGCCCAAGUUCCGCAUUGAGAUGGAGCAGGAUUUGAUGCGUCCACUGCAGCAGCUACGCGUGAAUCGCAUGUUCACCGUUGACUCUGAGAUCGAUGCUAUGCUCAUGAAAAAGGUGACAGUGUCGAAGUUCUUGCAGAAGGCUUACAUCGAUGUGAACGAGGCUGGCUCUGAAGCAGCCGCCGCUUCCUAUGCCAAAUUUGUGCCGCUUUCGCUGCCGCUGAAAUCGCGCGAAUUCACUGCCGAUCAUCCCUUCAUCUUUGCCAUUCGCACACCGGAGACAGUGCUCUUCAUUGGCCAUGUGGUGCUGCCUACACAGCCGACUGGAGCGCAGUGAAAAAGGUCGAACUCAUCGAAUAGCUCUUAAGUUAUACGCAUUUUGAUACUCUAUUCUAUAAACGUACUCGUAAAUAUUUAACUAAAAUUUCAUCUCUACAAAAUCACAAAGAAACAAAAAAAAAGUAAGAAAAAAAAUUUAAUUCCGACUUGUCUUUAUUCAUGGCUGAUAACCUUUGUGCAGCUGAUUGUUCAUUCAGCUUCUGUACCUUUUCCAGAUGCAGCUGCUGCUGCUGUUGUUUCGCUCAGUUUACGACAAUGUGGAGCUGUUGCUGUUGCUGUAUCUGGCAAACCCGUUUUGUUCGCCGUGAUGGGCACCCCGUUUCGCCUCCCCCCUUCUAAUGGAAGCUACAACCGCGUUUAACCAAUGCAAAUUUCUCAAUCACAUUGGCAGCUAAGCAACAACAAAAAACUUCCUCAUUGAACACGGUCGAAAUCGUACUCAUAUUCAUAUUCAGGUUCUUGUCGGGAAGCCCAGCCUCAUCGAGAGUAGUAUGUUAACAUGUCGUAUGAGUAAUCUAAAAAUCCCCGUUGAAAAUCCAACAGUUUAACUAAUGUUCUUGGUUAGCAUUGUAUUGUUGUAUUGCGUCAUAAACGACUACUAGGAAUUACAAUAUCACGUAGUAUGUGUGAGAGAGGAUUGUGGAGAGCGAGAGCAAAGUUCUUGAGAGAUAGAGAGAGAGACAGAGAGAUUCACAUGCUAUAGGCUGCGAUCUUGAGACAAUAAUGUGUCGCCUGAGCUUAUUUGUUUAUUUCAAAAUUCCACUGAUAACAAUAAACCAGUUUCUCUUUUAAGUAAUAGUAUACAAAACAAACAUUCCUGUGGCUUCCAAUAAAUAAUAAUACUAAUAUUUUAUUGGCGUGUUGUAUCGACGGCAUUACCCAUAAUUAGUCAAUAUUAUGAUGGAAAUGAAUUACACUUAAUCCAACUUUUGCUUGAGAAAUACUUCUUAUAUUUCGAUGAAUAAUAAUUCCUUAAAAAUAAAUUUUUUUUAUUUUUGCUGUCGGGCUUCACAUG